AUGGUAACGCUUCCCGUAAACACAAACGUUUUUAAUUUAAUUAAAAUAAAACUAAUAAAACUAUUUAAAAACGAAUAUAAGAAUACCGUAUUGAUCUAACUGUAAUGUGGUUGCUUUUGUGAAGGACUCAAUAAGAUAGCAAACGAGUUAAAAUGGGUCUUCUUAGCCUUUUGAAGAAGUUGAGGUCUAACCCUGACAAGGAGUUGCGACUUUUACUACUCGGUUUGGACAAUGCUGGUAAAACGACUCUGCUGAAGCAACUAGCUUCAGAAGACGUUACUCAGGUCACCCCCACGGCUGGAUUCAACAUAAAGUCAGUGCUUUCCAAUGGUUUCAAGCUAAACGUAUGGGAUAUUGGAGGCCAGAGGAAGAUUAGGCCAUAUUGGAGAAAUUAUUUCGAGAAUACUGAUAUUUUGAUCUAUGUGGUGGACUGUUCAGACACGGUGCGUCUGCAGGAGACGAGCGCGGAGCUGAUGGAGUUACUUCAGGAUGAGAAACUAAAGGCUGUGCCACUGCUCGUGUACGCUAACAAACAGGACUUGGCUACCGCGUUGCCGGCGAGCGAGGUGGCGAUGCAGAUGGGGCUGCACGUGAUCCGCGACCGCACCUGGCAGAUCCAGGCGUGCGUCGCCACCGACGGCACCGGACUCAAGGAAGGCAUGGAGUGGGUGUGCAAGAAUAUUCCCGCUAAGAAAUAGUUUAUAAACUAAAAAGAGAUAGAGUUGUGACUAGAGCUGUGAAGG